AUGGACUUGCAUAGCAGUAAAAUAAUUGAUUUUAAUUUAGUCCAAAAAAGUAUGGAUUCUGGGGAUUUGGAACGAAAAGCUUGCGAUUCGUUAAUCGAUAAAUUAAUUGAAGAAGAAAAUUGUAAUAUUGAACUAUUUCUAACGGAACGACAUAGAGGUAUUCGAUAUUUUUUACGUACAAAAUAUCCUCAAAUUGAACAUGAAUUUGAUGUAUGGCAUUUGUCUAAGAGUUUGUCGAAAAGAUUGAAAGGACUUGACAAAAAAUAUCCAGAUGCAUAUUUAUGGAAAACGAGCAUAAAUAUUUUAAAUAACCAUUUAUGGGGGUCCUCUCAAACUUGUAACGGUGACGGAUCAUUACUCGUUGAAAAAUUCACUUCAGUUCUUAACCACAUUAGUAAUGUGCACGGAUGGGAAGAUAAUGGCAAAAAUACAAAAUGUGAACACGAAAAGUUAAACAAUAAAGACUUAAAAAAAAAGCUUUGGAUACAUCCUAAUAGUGAGUCUUACUUUGCGUUAAAAAACAUUAUUAUGGCUAAAGAUUUGUUAAAAGAUUUACAACACGCAAAACUUUUUGUACAUACUAGUCGCUUGGAGUCCUAUCACAACGUUCGCUUGAAAUAUACGCCCAAAAGAAUACAUCUCAAGUUUGAUGGAAUGUAUUUACGUUCGAUAAUUGCCAUUCUCAAUCAUAAUUAUAACAUAAACAAAACACUCGUAGGAGAUAAGCUGGUUUUUUAA